GUUAGCAAACAGUCGAAAAGAAGAACUCAAGAAGAUGUCAAUCCAUUUCCUACGUUUACUAUUGCUUGCGGGUCUCGUUGCGCUGGCCAAAUCCACCUGCAACGUUUGCAACACAGUCAACAAUCUAACCUGUUAUUCCACAACGCAAGUACAAGCCUGUGAUGCAGAUAAUUUGCCCACCGGAGUUGCCUACGAUUGUCCCACGGGUUAUGUCUGCGUCAGCGGGACGAGCGGCGUCUUGUGCGAGCCGGAGGCAACUGCCAGCUCUACAGCUGAUUGCCAGGACUGCAACACGUGUGACUCGACUUUAACUUUCGCCUGCACCAGCACUAACACCUUUGCUCUCUGCCUGGGCACGAGUACGCCUCAGGCAUCCGUGGGCACUUGUGCAGAUGGCUAUGUGUGCAACAUAAACGACUCUCAGAUCUGCGGACUAUCUCCCAAUGUUAGCGCCACGUGCUCCUAUGCGGAUGACUCGACCACCACCACGACUACAGCUGCCACUACAACUACAACUUCAACGCCUUCGACUAGCAAUGCUGCCACCUAUUGUGCGGCGGUGCAACAAACUGGCCGCUUUAAGGUCGGCGAUUAUACGGAGAGCACGUGUCGCCAGUACAUCGAUUGCUUUCUGCUGAAUGGCGUUUGGACGGGCCACAAAUACACCUGUCCCGGCCAGCUGUACUUUAGUCCCACAGCCAACUUGUGUGUGUCUAGUUUACCCUCCAAUUGCUACACUCCGAGCAGCACCACCACAACCACAACAGCAACGCCAACCGUGAGCAAUCCUUCGGCCUAUUGCGCCAUGAUGCAGACGCAGGAUUACUUCCCGGUGGGCACCAAUCCGAGCAGCACUUGCCGUCAGUAUAUCUACUGCUUCCUGUUGAAUGGCAGCUGGCUGGGACAUCGCUAUACUUGUCCUGGCAGCCUCUACUGGAACAGUUCGAGUAAAACUUGCGUUUCCACGCUGCCCUCCACCUGCUCGGCCAGUGUGACCAGCUUGAGUUUGAAUGGUGUCGAUUUGGAUUAG